AUGUCCAUGUCUUCUUCAGCAACGGCGUCAGCUGGGUAUAAUACGCCAAAAGCCGUGGCUUUGUUUCUUGUCAAGUUCGAUAGAAGACAAGGUUACGAAUUGGCCUGGUCCAAAUCUACCAAUGACAUUUCCUUUGAAGGUUUGGAGUAUAAGGCGUUUCCAUCAGGUAUUCAUCUGUAUGAAGAGAACACGAUCUAUAUUAGCCAGCAACAUGAAUCCACUACUUAUUAUGGACUUUCUCGCUUCAAGCAGCUAAAUCUCAAUCAUGGCUCGGAUAACGACAGAAGCAAAUUGAAGAUGUACUCGUUAGGUGUCCUAAUGGAACCAUUGAAGAACCAGUGGCAGCCUAAUAAUGCUGGCAACAUUGGCUGGGAGCAUCUUGAUGCUAUUGAUGACACAUUGGUGGCAUUUUUGAAGGAUGAAAAGAUUGACUUGUUGGAGGAAUUGUUCAGUAAACUCACUGGUAGCGGUCACUUGGAUGUCAGAAAGACGCCUGCAAACCCAAUUGCACAUCAUCCCUUGUUUAAGCUACCUACCAUUCUUUCUGCUGUUGGUCCACUUAUCUUUCCUAUCUUUAAGGCUGCUCUAUUGCGCAAACGUAUACUCGUUAUCAAUCACUCUUCGCAGAGCGGAGACUUGUUGCAUGAGGGUAAUAACAGAGACUAUGGAACUGUUGGUGCUUUAGUCUAUUUGAUCACAGUCAUUUCUGCCGUUCCACAAGAUGUGGUUGGUAAUUUUGUCGACAAACUGUUCUCCAAGCCCCUCUACACAUUGGGUCUUCAUGACACUGACUCGCCAGCUCUCAAGGAGCCAGGUUACAUUGGUUCCACAAGUGACGAGAUCUUAAAACUACAGAAAAAUCUCUACGAUAUUGCCAUCUUAAUGCCCACGUCGGAUUUCGAUUUAUGUGAAUUGGCUUCAGGAGAAGAUGCUGGAAAAGCGGAGAAAGCCACGUUCAACGAUUACACCAAGUUCCUCAAACUCUACAAGAAGCUCCCGCUGGUUAACGGAGGCUCUAAUAACGACGACCUGUCGUCUAUUCGAACUUCAACAUCUUUCCUCUCUGCAUUACGAUUUGGUGCCUCAGAAGAUACUUUGGCGCCUUUUGAGCCUCAAUGGUGGAGGCGUAGCGCCACCACACCAAUGUCGUGGAGAGAAUAUCUCUGGCUGGCUUUUGCCUGGUUUGCUAGUGCUGGUACGACAAACCGCAGUGCCACAGAGCAAUAUCUAGAGACAUUGGAGGAAGACCAACAAGCAAAGAGCAUCAAGCAACAGUUUACCGACUUGACACAAAUUGUCAGUCAGUUCCACAGCCUCGCAAAGAAAUGGUUCGUUCUUAUCGACGAAAUCGUCACGGAAACUUUGGAAGACAAUGGGUACAAUGAGCGUCGGAGCAGCCUCCUUAUGGAAGCGCCUCUACAAAGGAAAAUAACCUUAGAGCUCGCGAUACAAGACAUUGUUGAUAUGGAGCUUGACCCAUAUUCGGAACAAGAUAUCGAGUUCGUAAAGGACUUUGUGCUUUUCUACUGGGCCAACGUCAUUGACGAUGUUGAGAUUGGUAUUGGUCUUCAUGGAUUCUGCUGCUAA